AUGGAUGCAAAGGAAACGAUUCACUUACUCCAGAUUUCAGAAAUGCCAAAGGGAUUUGAGUGGGAAAUUGCUAAGCACUUGAAGAAUAUCGAGUACUUUAGUGUGAUUUGCAGAGGCUAUGAUGGGGAUAGGGCCACAGAUAAAACUACCGUGGAUUUGAAGUCUAAACCACUAAACCACUACUCUGCUGUUUGUGGAAACAAAAACUACACCAGAAAAUUGGAGUAUAAUGAUUGUGAUUACGACUUUCACGAAUUGGACAUUGUGUUGUUGCUGAACUUGCCGCGGAAUGAUAGUGUGAUGUGUUUGAAAUUGGACGUCUACAAUGGUUAUAGGGACCUUGAGCUGAUCAACGAGGUGUCAACUCUAACUGAAUUGUACAUGACAUUUUACAUUACACACGGCAUUGACGUUAGAGGAGUUGACAUGAAAAUUACCUUGCCGUUGCAAAAAGUGUAUAUCAGGUGGCAUGAACCCAUCAAGUAUUCCAAGGACACUUUGAAUUUAGAUUUUUUAAGUUGA